AUGGACCCGUCUCUGAGCUGGAAGCUCCUGUGCAAGAACAUGCACGACCAGAAAACAGACAGCAAUACAAUCCCCGAAUACUUCACUAGCAGCGACGUCCGUGAGACUCGUGUCUUUGGCUCCUACUACCCCGAGACGUCCGACCGCUCCUACAGUCAGGUUGCCCAGGCUGUCACCCGUCUCUACGGCGCCGGUGUCCGCCAGCUCAACAAGCGCGGCGAGCCCGUUGACGAGAAGACCGGCCAGUAUCUUGGCCGCCCUAUGAAGGAAGGUGACUACCACCACGAUCUCGACAUCACCGCCGACAAGUUCGCCAUGGAUGGAUCCUGCACCGUUCACUGCUUCAUUGGCAGCUCUGGCAACAGCACCUCCAACUCCCCGCCCCCCAAGUUGAUUGGCGUGUUCUAUCUGCAACGAGAUGACGUCUCGCUUCGCCGAGCGCGCACGCAGGCAGCCAUUGCAGCAGGAUUCGGGCGGACUGAGAGCCUCGAUUCCGCGAUGCGUGGAUCGGGCGCAAACUAUAGUUCAAUUGUGUACAGACACCGACGCUGGGUCGAAAGUUUCGCUCAGAGCUGGCUGAGUGAUCAUAUUGAGGCAUUUGAGGACGAGAUCCUUAGACAGCAGCCAGCCAAUGCAGAGUCUUUAUUGAACACGCUCUCGGACCUCAAGAACAAGAUCAGCGACAUGACGAUUCCGGAGGACUGA